AUGACAUGGGAACCAACAUCAUCGAAUAUUCAAUCGCCGAGUCAACAGCCCUUUACAUCACGUCAUUACUAUCAACAACAACAUCAACAAAUACCAUCAUUAACAAAUAAUCGAACACAUGCAAACCAAAAUAAUUUUUCAAAUCUUAAACAAAAUCGAAAAAAAAUAAAUGUUAAUGGAAUAAAUACAACAAUUAUUGCUGAUGUUACAACAAAUCUUGUUACAAAUUUAAUAUUAGGUAGUGAUUGGAUCCAAGCAAACAAUGUUUAUAUCCUUACACCUGAACAACGAAUUAUGAUCCGAAGUCGAAUGACACAAUUAUCUUCUACAAUUGGUGUUACCAUACCAUCAAAUUAUUUGAUAGAACGCAUUCCGGAAGGAAAAGCGUGUAAAGCGCUCAUUCCUGCAGAGAAAGGAGCGAAAAAAUCAAAUAAAUUCAGUUGUAACAACAUGCCGACCUCAACAUUACAUGGGAAACAACAUCAAUGUCGUGAAUGUUAUCGAAAUUUUAAUACUGGCAAUGAAUUAUUUAAACACCUUAGAAACAAAUGUUAUUCUGAAGAAAUAAGACAACAAAUAAAUAAAUUAACUGAACAUAUAAGUGAUGAUAAACAACGAGAACAAAUUUUUUAA